UUCUGCAUGGGGCCCCUGCAGGCUCAGGCAGGUCCUCAUUGUGUGAUCUGCCACUUUGGCACUGAGGUGAGGGAUUACAAUCCUGACUGUAAGAACUAUAAUCCCAGCUAAUCUGGGAUUCCCUUUCAUUCUGCGGCAUGGGCAAAGAUGAGGACUGGGGAAGCAGAGCAGAGGAUCCGUUUGAUGCAAGAUGUUCCUGCUGGUUCUUCUCCACAUCCUGCAGUCGGCCGUGACGACCCGUUCCUGCCCGGCUCUCUGUGUCUGCAGCAGCGGACUGACCGAGCCCAGGUCGGUCCAGUGCAGCGACUCCAGGAUGUCGGCGCUUCCUGUGAACCUUCCAGCCGACUCGGUCAAACUUCGCCUGGAGAAGACCUCGAUCUCCAGGGUUCCCCGCGCAGCUUUCUACAACCUGUCGGAGCUACGCUUCUUAUGGCUGACCUACAACUCCGUAAGAUCUGUCCACCCGAGCAGCUUCGUCAACCUGAAGGCGCUGCGGGAGCUGCGCCUGGACGGGAACCUGCUGACCGCCUUCCCCUGGGAGGGGCUCCGAGACAUGCCCCGCCUCCAGACGCUGGGGCUCCACAACAACCGCCUGUCCAGCCUUCCAGCUCACGCUGCACUCUUCCUCCCCAACAUCACCUACCUGGAUUUGUCCAGCAACAGGUGGGUACAGCACACCAGGCUUUUGUCUGUUUUUAUACUUCAAGCCCAAGUGCUUAAAAAAGUUUAUGUAUUUUGGUGUCUGGAAAAUUAUUUGACGCUAAGAAGAUUACCAGAAAUUAACUUCACUGUGAACAACAAUCGUCUGCAUGACAACCCCUGGCUGUGUGACUGCCAGAUUUCCAUGCUGACAUCAUUGUCCAUGUCCCUGGGGAGCCCGGUGGUUCUGAUGGAUCAGGGGCUGAUGUGCAGCAGGUCCCUGGGUCAGUCCGGGUUGAUGCUGACACAAGCCGAGCUCUCUCGCUGCAUGCGGCCCUCCGUCCAGCCGGCAGCCACCAGGGUCAGCUCUCCGCUGGGCAGCAACGUCAUUCUCAGAUGUGAUGCUAGCGGUUACCCGACACCGACGCUGACCUGGAUUAAAACCUCGGCUUACCCUGGUUGUUGUAAACAAGACCUCCUGCAGAACACUGAACAACUUCCCAAGAUCUUGGAGAGCUUUAUGCAGGAAUCCCCUCGUGUCGGUGUUCGCUGGUCCAUAAUCAGCCUCAAUGGCCUGUCAUACAAGGAUGCAGGGGAAUAUCGCUGCCAGGCACGAAACAUGGCUGGAAUAUCUGAAGCUCCAAUCAAACUCAAGGUUAUGGGCAUCACAAGACUGUCUCGUGUCCCAAAGAAAAAGAAAACAAUGUUGUCCAAAUCGUCAACAAAGGAAGGCAAACCGCCCCGAACUCCUUCCACCAGCAGCAUCAAGGGAAAGGAGAGUCAGAAAAUUACAAAUGCUGCGCCGUCCUUACAGAACAACACACAGGAAGUUUAA